GUGGCUUUCUACGGGGACGUUGAAGCUACCUCUUGGAUGAAACCGUGAACAGCUGAUUUAUGUCAGGUGCAUGGUUUAAUAAAUGCUAGUAUAAAGAUACGAAUGAGAGUGGCGGCGUGGCUCUGAGGCUCUUAAGCAAGUAGUGCAGUGUCCCACGUUACUCAAAGUUUGUAAUUAUUAUCGUGAAAUCAUUAUUGGUUAAUGAACUGUGUUUAGACUUAUUCGAAAAAUCAAGGCAAAACGUUAUGGGCAAAUUCAAGAAGUCAAAGAAAGGUAGAAAUAAGCAAGGAAAUGAGGGUAAAUGGGAUGAAACACCAAGACGUAGCUAUCAAGAUAUUGUUAGGGAAAAUGAAGAUUUUGAGAAAUAUUAUAAGUUGCAGGGUAUUUGCCCAGAUUCUGAAUGGGAUACAUUCAUAACUUCAAUAAAAGAAAAUUUGCCAACAACCUUUCGAAUUACUGGGUCAAAAGUAGAAGCUAGAGCACUCUUAAAAGUUGUGAAAAGUGAAUUUUUUAAGGAUAUUCUUAAUCCCACCCAAAACAGCAAGACAGUUGAUGAGUCAGUUGGUGAAAAUGAAGAACUAUCUCCUGAUGAAUUAAAAUUAAUUAAUCUUCCAUGGUACCCAGAUGGUCUUGCUUGGCAGCUUAAAUUAACUCGUAAAGAUAUUCGGCGUUCAGAAGAAUAUUUUCGUCUUCACAAUUUCUUAAUCUCAGAAACAAAUUCUGGUAACAUUAGUAGACAAGAAGCUGUGAGUAUGAUACCUCCACUUGUAUUGGAUGUGCAGUCACACCACAAGGUUUUAGACAUGUGUGCUGCUCCUGGCUCGAAGACUUCUCAACUUAUCGAAUUGCUACAUGGAGACAACAAUAAUAUUCCAACUGGAUAUGUUAUUGCUAAUGAUAUUGACAACAAACGCUGUUAUAUGUUAGUACACCAAGCAAAACGUCUUAAUUCACCCUGUAUAAUUAUAACAAACCAAGACUCGGGAGCUAUGCCUAACUUCAUAACAAAAUCAGAUGGCAAACCUUCAAUAGUCAAGUUUGACAGGAUUUUAUGUGAUGUCCCUUGUUCUGGAGAUGGAACAAUGCGCAAGAACCCAGAUAUUUGGCUAAAAUGGAAUGCUGCCAAUGGCAACAACCUACAUAGAAUCCAGUGGCGUAUUUUGCGGAGGGGACUUGAGAUGCUUGAAAUAGGUGGCCAAAUAGUUUAUUCAACAUGUUCAUUGAAUCCCGUGGAAGAUGAAGCUGUCAUUAGUAGGAUAUUAAAAGAAGCAAAUGGUGCUGUUGAGCUUCUUGAUGUAACCUCCAAACUUCCAGGUCUGAAGUUUGUCCCUGGGAUGUCACAUUGGCUACCUGCUAGUAGGGAUAUAAAAGGUUAUGAAAAAUAUGAAGAUGUUCCAGAGGAAUGGCAUCAACAGAUCAUUCCUCAGAUGUUUCCUCCUUCAAAAGAAGAAGCUGAAAAUAUUCGUGUUCUUCCUCAUCAUCAAGAUACAGGAGGUUUUUUUGUUGCUGUCCUUGUUAAAAAUAAACUAUUGCCUUGGGAAUCAGAGAAAAAAGAGGUGGAGCUAGAAAAUAAGGAUCAAGAGAAAGGUUCAAAAAGAGAAAAUGAUAAAACAAAUGAGCCUCAGCGUAAGAAGCGACGUAUUCAGGGCUACAAAGAAGAUCCUUUUAUUUUCUUUGAUGAAAACGAACCCCUUUGGCCUCUUAUUAGAAAUUUCUAUGAAAUUGAUUCCAAACUGGAUCCAACUUGUUUGUUAACAAGAUGCAAAGAAGGAAAAAAGAAAAAUAUUUAUUUUACAUCACCUGGUGUUCGAGACAUUGUAAUAAACAAUGCUGAUCGAGUGAAGUUAAUAAAUACUGGUGUGAAAACAUUUGUAAGAUGUUACAAUACUGACAUGGAGUGUGCAUUUAGAUUGGCUCAGGAGGGUUUGCAGAGUAUUAUUCCUUUUAUUGGACCAAAGCGGCGUGUGCCCAUCACAAAAGAUGAUCUUAUAACAUUACUUACUUGUGACAAUCCAAAAUUGCCUCCUGAAAUUUUCCGGCUAAGCCCAAAGUGUCAAGAACAUCUAAAUGCUAUUUCUCAGGGUAGCUGUGUACUUUCAUUUGUGGAAGAAGAUAACAAAAAUGACCCCGAUAACAAUCCUCUAAAAUUGCACCUGGUCGGUUGGAGGGGAAAAACGUCUGCUAGAGGUUAUGUUCCUACUGCAGACUGUGUACAUUAUUUACGAUUGUGUGGUGCUGAUGUGUCAAAGUAUGAUGUUAACAAAUUUAAGAAUAAACCAACUGGAGACUUAUCAGGAGAAGGUGACUCAAAUAGUGUGAAAAUUGAUGUAGAAUGUGAAGUUAAUGAAAAUGAGCCAGAGGAAAUUAUAGAGGCAGAUGCUGAAGUAGAAAAAAUGGAAACUGCAAAUACUGUCUCGUGAUGUACAUUAAGUAUUAAGUAAUUAUAAACUUAUUUUUGAAAUAUGUUGUAUAUUGUAAUUGUAUUUUAUACAUUUGAAAAUGACCAUUUACUAUUGGAUUAAAUUAAUUCAAUUGUAUUGUUAUAAAAGUCUACUUUUUUUGAGUUGAAGUGACUAAAAAUAAACACUCUGAAAAAACAA